AUGUUAUUGACUACAUUGGGACCUACAACAAUGUCAAAAAUCGCCUUAUCAACGAUUUCUCUAUCGACAAAUGAAACUCUCUAUCAACUAAUUAAAAGAUUACUUAAUGGAACAGAUUUAUAUAAACAUCAAAUAGCUGAUUUAAUAGAACCAGAAAAAUAUUCUAUAACUAGCGUCCAUAUUGUUAUAUGGACAUUUACAAUUUUAACUUAUCUUCUUGCAAUUCCUCUUGUUGUACGAAUGUUUCAUUCAGGAACGUAUUCUAAUGUCAUUGAUUAUUUUUCAACCCAAAUUAUUCUUUGCGCAUUUAUCGCAUGGAUUCCAGCUUUAAUUCUUCUACUACAUAAUUGGUUUGGUAUAUUUACAGCACGUCUUUGUUGUUUUCAUUAUGUUAUACUAUCAACUAAUGAAGCAGUACCAUUGUUCUUUGUUCUUUAUAUGAUUAUUGAACGUUUUCUUUAUGCACAUCCAUCAUUGAAAUAUCAUUUUACACGAUUUUCUUCCAUGCUUUCUUUACAUUUUUAUACUAUUUUUACUUGGAUUUUCAUAAGUAUUCUUUAUACAUUAGCUUCACCAUUCUAUAGCAAUAGCUCAAAAUUAAUCUAUUCAACACAUACAGCUAAAUACUGUUUAUAUAAUUAUUCGAAAUUAAACAUGCUUGCAACAGCUCGUUCGAUCAUAUACUUUAUUCUCCUUAUCCCAGCAUUAGUAUUAAUCGGUCUUGUCAUUCGUUAUUUCUUUAUUAUGCGUGGUACAAAUCAAGUUUCUCCUAUAGAAAAAUUAUGGACAAUACGUGUUACAGCAUUACUUUGUAUACUGAUUUUUUAUGAUGUUUAUUUAUAUUAUCUUGAACAUAUAGUUGAAACAUUUAAAUCAUUUUUAUUGGCAUCUUUAUUACGUGCUAGUUUUUAUCUAACGCAAAUAUUUAUAAUUGCUUGUACAGAACCGUAUUGGCUUGAAAUGUUACUUGAACGGUGUGCAUGCAUAUGUUGUUUCAUAAGAGGUCAAAGAAGAAAAAAUACAACAUCCAUAACGAUGCCGAAUGAAACUGAAUUUCAUACUAUACCACAUUCAUCAUCUAUAGGACAUUAUUCACUUGUUGAUGAUAGUGUUGACGAUGAAUUCGAUCGAGCUUUCAAUGGACCACAACCUACUUUGCGUGUUAUUACAUAA